CUUUCCCUCUCCGCUGAGUCUCGUUUCCUCCUGAUUCAGGAUCAGUUCAGACCGUUUCUGUUUAUAAACCGGGUCACGUGAAUGACAGGGGACAUCAGGGUCACAGCGGAACAGAGCUGACUUUGUCCUCCUCCACCUCCUCCUCCUCCUCCUCCCUUACCUGUCAGGUGAGUCGACACCUCACUCGGAGGGACGAUGUCCAACCUGCCGGAUGUUCUUGUUCUUCUCCAUAAACAGGAAAAAGAAACAAGGAAGCGAGCAGGAGGACACAAUGAAUCAGAUUCCCGGCAUGUAGCUGCUUGUUUUUAUGAAUUUUAAACUUUUAUACUUUUAAUGUCGCGGGAGAAGAAGAAUAUGUUUUCCUUUCUGCGGGCAGCCAGAGACCCGUCUCCUGAGAACAUCCACAUCUCCUCUCUGCCUCCCAGCAUUCCCACAGACCUGGAGCUGGAACGACCCGUAGACCGAGAAUGUGAGGUGGAGGCAGAGAAGGCAGUGAUCCAGACCACACACACACACAGAGGCUCGGCUCCCUCCGUCUUCCUGCAGAAACAAGAUAAUGAACCUGUUUCCAGUACUUACUUUGAACAGAGGGUCCCUGUUCCUGAGGAGGAUGGCGAGAAAGCGUUCAGCCUCUAUAAGCUGUGGGCGUUCACCGGGCCCGGGUUCCUGAUGAGCAUCGCCUACCUGGACCCAGGAAACAUCGAGUCCGACCUGCAGUCUGGAGCUAAAGCUGGCUUCAAGCUCCUCUGGGUGCUGCUGGCAGCGACCAUCAUCGGCCUGCUGCUGCAGCGGCUCGCUGCGCGGCUCGGCGUCGUCACCGGGAUGCACCUGGCCGAAGUCUGCAACCGGCAGUACCGCACGGUGCCUCGGAUCGUCCUCUGGCUGAUGGUGGAGCUCGCCAUCAUUGGAUCAGACAUGCAGGAGGUCAUCGGCUGCGCCAUCGCCUUCAACCUGCUCUCCUCUGGACGGAUCCCGUUGUGGGGCGGUGUCCUCAUCACCAUCGUCGACACGUUUGUUUUCCUCUUCUUAGACAAAUACGGCCUCAGGAAGCUCGAAGCUUUCUUCGCUUUUCUCAUCGCCAUCAUGGCCGUCACCUUUGGUUACGAGUAUGUGGUGGUGGGUCCGGACCAGGCCCAGCUGCUGAAGGGGAUGUUCCUGCCGUACUGUGAGGGCUGCGGUCCGGAGCAGCUGGGUAAGGCUGUGGGCAUCGUGGGAGCCGUCAUCAUGCCGCACAACAUCUACCUCCACUCUGCUCUCGUCAAGUCUCGGGAAGUCGACCGGACGAACAAGAAAGAAGUGAAAGAAGCCAACAAAUAUUUCUUCAUCGAGUCGACCGCGGCGCUCUUCAUCUCGUUCCUCAUCAAUGUGUUUGUGGUCGCUGUGUUCGCGGAAGCUUUCUACGGACGCACGAACCAGGAGGUGUACAACGUCUGCAAUCAAACAGGAAGUCCUCACUCAGAUCUCAUCCCUCAGAACAACCAAACUCUGGAGGUGAACAUCUACAAAGGGGGCGUGGUGCUCGGCUGUUUUUUUGGCCCUGCGGCGCUCUACAUCUGGGCCGUGGGGAUCCUGGCGGCGGGUCAGAGCUCCACCAUGACUGGAACAUACUCGGGACAGUUCGUCAUGGAGGGUUUCUUGAACCUGCGCUGGUCACGUUUUGCUCGGGUGCUGCUGACCCGCUCCAUCGCCAUCACUCCCACGCUGCUGGUGGCCAUCUUCCAGGACGUGCAGCACCUGACGGGCAUGAACGACUUCCUCAACGUGCUGCAGAGCAUGCAGUUGCCGUUCGCCCUCAUCCCCAUCCUCACCUUCACCAGUCUGCCGUCUCUCAUGAACGAGUUUGCCAACGGAUUAGUGUUUAAGAUCGGAGGAGGAGUCGUGGUGCUGAUCGUGUGUGCCAUCAACAUGUACUUCGUGGUGGUGUAUGUGACGGAGUUGGACAGUGCGUGGCUCUACGUGCUCGCUGCCAUCCUCUCCAUCGCCUACUUGACGUUUGUGGGAUAUCUGGCCUGGCUGUGUCUGAUCGCUCUGGGAGUUUCCUGCCUCGAUCCGUCCACCAAGAGAGAAAACGACACGACGAUCCUGAUCGAGCGCCAGCCGGAGUUCGACUCCUGAGUCACAUGUGGACAAUUAUUUCAAAGGUGCAGCUGGUAGCGACCCAACUCAGCAUAAUUCCUAGUCUUUCUCAUUUAUUUAUCACAGAAGAUGUUGCAUGAAUGGGAUAGAUUUUAAUAGUAUAUUAAAUAUAAAUAUUAAUAUUUAGUAAUCAGUGUUAGUUUGUUCUUUCAAGCCACCACAAUGGCUGAUUUUAUUAAGUAUUGAAGAUGCCAAAUCAGCAGGUUUACACUGUAUAUUAUGGGAAGACUCUACAGGUGAAUAGGGUAAUUUUUUUUUGUAGAUUAUUAUUUUUCUUAUAGAUAUCAGGAUGAUUUUUGCAUCACAAUUUUUUAUUUAUUUUAUGUUUAGAUGUGCAAAUGAGGUGUGAACAUAUGCACACAUUUGCAUAUAUUCACAGGACAUAAAUCCAAACUUUGGCUAAGGCAAAUUUCAAAGUUAUCAGAAAAUACUGUAAAAAGAAGAAAAGAGUCAAUUUUUGUCAUGUUUUUAAGAACAAAAUGUUCUUUAAAUCGGUAUGAAUGACUGAAUAUAGUAAGGAAUAAAACUGGUUAGUUUGGUGUCUGUAAGUGGAGCAGAAGUUGAGAUUUAUGAGAAAAAACUCACUUUGAGAAAACGGCCUUUUAAAGUUUUCAUACAUUCUGUAAAUGACUAUUUGAAAACAAAAUAUUGAAUCUAAUUAAUAGCAACAACAGUAUAGAACAUGUAAAACACAUAAUAUUGUGCAGUAAGUGCAGUUAGUGCAGGUCACGACCACAAGAGGCUUAAAUGUCUGAACGCUUAGGAACUGAGUUGGAAAUUACGUAAUUUCAUGGCCAAAAUUCUAUUUGAUUGAAUAAUCAUCUAGUGAUAUUCUCAAUAGCUUUAAUGGAUUCAUUGACCCAAAAAAAAGUAUAUUUUGAUACUGAGAUGGACCAUCUAAGUGGCUUGGAAGAUAUAUUGGUUCUCAUAGAUUUUAUAUGGCUGACAUCUCCAAUCCGCAAUCUUGAUGAAGUGGCUCCCAUCAAAAAUUUAAACUUAUGGUGAUAGAGAGCAUGUGGAAAAAAAUGUGGUGCUUUUGUCCGGCAAGUCCCCUUUAUUUAGCUCAGCCGCCUGACUAAAAGGAGUAAUGCUCAUUUUAAAGACCUGGUGGCCACCAUUUUGAAAUUGCGGCAUUUCUUGGAGUCAAAAAUUGGUAAACUUUAAGUAUGUUUUUAAGUACAUCUGAUACUACUGUAAACCAUUGAGAAACCUUUUGUUAGAUUUUUUGGAGGGUUAGUUUGCAACUGACUAGUUAAGUUAAAUGUAUUUUUCAGGCUCCAUGCAGUUCCUGCUUCAGCCACAGGGGGGCAGUGCAGGCCACCACAGACUCUCCUCAGUUACAGUAAAUAAUAUCUCCCCACCAGAGCUGAACAACAUAACACAACACAUUAAAUGACACGGUGUGUUACAUCAUGUGUUGUUACGGCUGCACAGGCAGAGAAUGAUCACAUCCAGCAAAUAAAGACAGAUAGUUUAACUGUCAUAUUCAUGCACAUACAGAUGUGUUUGACAUGCCUCUGUGAAGAGUUGCAACUAUUGUGUAACAGCGAGCGAGCACUGCUGGUUACAGUGUUUGAAUUCCAGUCCUGAAGAGCUGAGAGGAGAGGAGAGGCGGACGGACAGGUUUUUCUUUGCAUUGUGGCGGGGAACUAUUUUUUUUUUUUCCUGUCAUGGAGGCAGAGUUAUGUAAGAGGGGAGAGUCUUCCCACCGCCCCUCUCUGUUUUUGUUUUUCUCAAUGAGCCAAUGUCUCCCUGCCUAGGCCUCACAGCCUGUCCAGUAGGCCCCUUUCCUGGAAACAUAGCCUAGCAGAGGCCACUCAGGGUUGGGAGGGUUGGAGAGGGAGGGGUGUGAGGGUGGGCUCUUCCAGCAAAUCACAUGAUUGUAGACCCUUCAGUCCCGGCCCUACAUGAGGCUCAGAUGCUGCGAGCACAUUUCAACAGCCAGUUUGUCAUCAGCAUGAUUGGAUGUGGCUAAUGCAUGGCAGAGUGCAUGAGGCUGUAAGUAGACGCUGUGGAUUCCCAGGUGUGACAUGUAGAAAUAGAACCACAACGCCUGAUGGAUACGUGUGUGUGUGUGUGUGUGUGUGUGUUUGUGUGUGUGUGUGUGUGUCAGAGGUUAAUGUGAUUUUAAUUGCCACCUCAGAUUUCAGCUGUAAUUUUGCACCAAAUAUGUCUGAUCUUUUCUCCUUUUGCCUUUAGUGAUUUUUUUAUUUGAUUUUUUUACAGUGUAUUUAGAUUAAUAUGAUCUAUUUUUAAAGUGUUGUUUUUGUAUAUAUUUGCAUUCAUGUGACAGACUUACUGAUUUAUUUAUCCUUGUUGCAGCGGGGUGAAAAAAGCAGCCCCAUGUUGUUUUAUGACCGCAGCUCGCCAUAACUGACUGAUUUUAAAGACUUUGCAAUUAUAAAAAUCAUUAAAUGCAUUAUUGAAUUGUAAACAAACGGCUCGGCUGAACAAACACAAUAAACCACAACAUGGAAAUACAGAUUGCAUGUCAGGAUCAUUUAAAAAAUCAUCACAUUUGUUUGCAUUUUAUAUGUAUUCUCCCUUUCACUCAGGUUUGAUUUAUUCCCUCUUCCUUCCGCCUCAUGUUGUUUUUAACGUGCCUGCGCAUUAGUUUCUGUUAACUGAUGAAAGAUGGAGGAAGCUUUAACUUGUACCUGAUGUUUGAAGUCACAUGUUUUUUCCAGGGGUACACACAGCACCCUUAAACUCUCGGCUCAGGGCCUCAAACACCAGCUGAUCCCCUUUCUUUCUCUCAGAGGAAUGCAGGAGAAGAGGGCACCAGAGAUCAGGCUCAGAUAAUGAAUUUCAAGUUGAUUUAGUUAACAGUGGCAUCAGCUGUAAACCGCAUGACAUUUUCCAGCUGUGCGGUCCGUACUUAUCCUGUAUAUAUUUUUACACAGAUCUGUCAGUGCUGCUCUAAAAUGUCCGACACCAGGAAUGCAAACAGCAGAGCCAUUCUUGUUUAUGUCUUGCAUUGUGGCCACUGUGGGCACUGGCUGAGCUCGGGGUGUAAUGGGCCCACAUGUGUUCGGAACGGGCAGAUUUUAAACUGCAAGUCCUUUUAUUAACAAGUUUAUUUUACUGGUUCUUUCUUCAGCUGAACUGGUCUAUACAUACACUAAUUUAUGUGCUUAAAUAUAGCAAAUACCUGCUGCUGUCUGUGCAUUACAGUGAGCGGAUCACUGAGGCACUGCAGAACCUCCACGCUGUAAAUAUGAAUAUUGCCCAACAUGAUGUCAAACCCACUUCUAUUCAUUUGAACAAGGUAAAACAUGUGUUUUAGCUCUGGCUGCUCAGGAAAUCACUUUACUCAAUGUGGGGGGAAAUUAUUAUAAAAUAGACAGGAUUCGUCUGCAACAGAUUGCAUCUUCUUUUAAUUAAGAAGAGUAAAAACAGCUAUUUUUAAUGCAUUUUUUUCUCUAAUUAAUGACUGAAUUGAGACCUAAAUAAUUGCUAAAUCUUCACAGAGUUGUUUAAAUGUUAUACUUGUCUGUAUUCUUUCACAUGAUGCAACCGGUAUGUAAUGUUUUUGAUGGUAAAAUAACUGCGUUGGAGUCUGUUGUUGCACAAAUGUUCAGUGAUUGCUGUAACACAGUGGUUCCCCCAGCAGUUUUCAGGCAAUAACAAGUUGCAGUUUCAUUUUAUUGUUGUGUCAGUAAAAGGGAAGGAAAAAGAGAGAGAAAAUGAAAGGAGCUUGGGUCAUUGGUUUCACUCUGCCCUCUGUUACCCACACACAGACACACACACACACACACA